AAUCAAAGACAAAGGUGUAACAACAACCACCUGUCCAUGUUGAAAUCCAAACACAAAUCUUGGACCUGUCGAUGUUAGAACAGUUAAAAUAUUAGAAAACACACAUUUCGCAGCAAUUCCGACCAUCAUCGUACUCUAUUUUCAGCUCAGUUCUUCAAAAAUCAAACCUUUUCGUUAAAUUAAACAUCAUUUGCGCAAUUUCUCGAUCCCCAAUUUCGCAGGGUUUGCACUCUUACACCGAUUUUAGAAUCGGGAAUUGAUUCGGUUCGUCGUUCAAUGGCUGAGGAAGAUGGGGAGGAGAGAGAAAGCCUGGUGAAAACUGAUUCAAUGGAGUCUCGUUGGGUGUACCAACCCGACGACGAUUCGGAGAUCGAAUAUGAAGACGACGAUGAAGAAGGUGAUGGGAUAGAAUCGGAAUCGAAGAUUGGCAUAGAUUCCGAGGAUGAAGAUGUUGUUGCGCAUAGGUUGAUUCGUACUGGUCCUAGGGUUGAUUCUUUUGAUGUUGAGGCUCUUGAAGUUCCUGGUACUCAUCGACAUGACUUUGAGGAAUUUGGUCCUUGGAGGUAUAUUGUACUUGUUUUCCAGACACUUGGGGUUGUAUUUGGUGAUGUUGGAACAAGUCAAUUAUACACCUUCAGUGUAAUGUUUGACAAGGCCCCUAUCAAAGAAAAGGAGGAUGUGCUUGGCGCUUUAUCCCUUGUUCUGUACACCUUAAUCCUAAUUUCGCUAGUCAAGUAUAUACUUGUUGUUUUAUGGGCAAAUGAUGAUGGUGAAGGUGGUACAUUUGCUUUAUAUUCACUGAUCUGUAGGCACGCAAAGGUUAGUGUCGUUCCUAAUCAACUUCCAUCAGAUGCCCGUAUAUCAAGCUUCAGGCUAAAGGUGCCAUCUCCAGAGCUUGAGAGAUCACUUAAGAUCAAGGAGCGUCUGGAGAAUUCCUUAGGUCUGAAGAAGUUUCUGUUGAUGUUGGUUCUUGCUGGUACCUCCAUGGUCAUAGCUGAUGGGGUUGUUACCCCAGCAAUGUCAGUGAUGUCAGCUGUUGAAGGUUUGAAGGUUGGAAUAUCUGGCAUAAAGCACGAGGAAGUGUUGAUGGUUGCAGUGGCAUUUCUCAUAUUACUGUUCAGUGUACAGCGAUAUGGUACAAGUAAAAUGGGAUUUAUAGUUGGCCCUGCGUUAUUUAUAUGGUUUUGCUGUUUGGCUGGCAUUGGAAUCCACAACAUCCUGAAGUAUGAUCGAGGUGUCUGGAAGGCUUUUAACCCUAUCUACAUCUACUACUACUUCAAAAGAAACAAAAUAGAGGCUUGGUAUGCUCUCGGGGGUUGUCUCCUAUGUGUAACAGGUUCUGAAGCUAUGUUUGCUGACCUUUGCUACUUUUCAGUGAGAUCAGUUCAGUUCACUUUUGUGCUUCUUGUCUUUCCUUGCCUCCUUUUGGGUUAUUUUGGCCAGGCAGCUUACCUCAUGCAGAAUCAAGGGGACUCCGCCCGAGCAUUUUACUCCUCAGUACCCAGUGGGGUUUUCUGGCCAGUUUUCAUCAUUGCUAAUAUUGCUGCACUGAUUGCUAGUCGAGCAAUGACUACUGCUACUUUUUCGUGUAUAAAGCAAUCAACCGCACUUGGCUGUUUUCCCCGACUUAAAAUCAUCCAUACCUCUCGAAAAUUCAUGGGCCAGAUCUAUAUUCCUGUUCUGAACUGGUUUUUGCUUGCGGCAUGUGUGGUGUUGGUAUGCUCUGUUCCAAGUAUUACAGAGAUUGGGAAUUCUUAUGGCAUUGCUGAGCUGGGAGUAAUGAUGAUGACAACAAUAUUGGUAACCCUUGUUAUGCUUCUUAUAUGGCAGAUAAAUAUCAUCACUGUUGUGGGCUUUCUUGUUCUCUUCAUGGGGAUAGAAUUAACUUUCUUCUCCUCACUUUUAUGUUUUGUGGGUGAUGGAAGUUGGAUUAUACUGCUAUUUGCUGUAGUUAUGUUUCUUAUAAUGUUGAUAUGGAACUACGGGAGUAAACUGAAAUACGAGACUGAAGUCAAGCAAAAGAUGUCAAUGGAACUUCUCCGGCAGUUGGGGCCAAAUCUUGGGACUAUUAGGGCUCCAGGUAUAGGUUUGGUUUACAAUGAGCUAGUAAGGGGAAUACCAGCCAUAUUUGGUCAUUUUAUAACCACCCUUCCUGCUAUUCACUCCAUGAUUAUUUUUGUCUGCAUCAAGUAUGUUCCGGUCCCGAUGGUCCCACAAAAUGAAAGAUUCCUCUUCCGACGUGUGUGCUCUAAGGGCUAUCACAUGUUUCGUUGCAUUGCCCGGUAUGGGUAUAAAGAUGUUCGCAAAGAGACUCAUCAGAUAUUCGAGCAGUUACUUAUUGAGAGUCUUGAGAAAUUUAUUCGCAGAGAAGCACAAGAACGGUCACUAGAAAGUGAUGGUGAUGGGGAUGAGCAUACAGAUACAGAUGAUGAAUCUUUUUCAAAUUUCCUUAUUGCCCCAAAUGGAAGUGCCUUUUCACUUGGUGUUCCUCUUCUAGCAGAUUUCAACGACACACAUAUGCGCAUUUCAGAGCCAAGUACUUCAAGAGAGGUAAGGUCAGACACUGCAUCAGAUACAUUUGACCCGGACCAAAGUCUUGAGAGGGAGCUGUCCUUCAUUCGACAGGCUAAGGAAUCCGGGGUUGUUUAUCUUUUAGGUCACGGUGAUAUUAGGGCAAGAAAAGAGUCUUGGUUCCUCAAAAAGCUUGUCGUAAAUUAUUUCUACGCCUUCUUACGGAAAAACAGCCGCAGAGGAACUGCAAACUUGAGUGUGCCUCAUUCACAUUUGAUGCAGGUAGGCAUGACAUACAUGGUUUGAAUAUGCUGUAGGAAAAAAAGUGAGUUUUUUUUUGUAUAUCAUCAAGACUGGACCAAAGGGGGUUGGAGCUCAAAAACAGGCUUUCGUUUUUCCAAAAGCGGGUUUUUCAGUUUUCUAAAAGAGUCUACGCCUACCAGACUCGAGUAACUGCUCCUUUCUACUUGGUUCUCUCUUCCUAGUUUUGAACAUGUCAAAUUUUGGAAGGUUUCAACUGUCAUACACACUCCAACAAGGUUCAACUUACAUGAUUUCGAAUGUAUUAAACGAGGCAUAUACUACUCAGUAGCUACUUGUAACAUGCAAUAUUCUUUCACCCAUAGAGGAAUUUUUCUUGUUGUCUGAGAAUGUAAUUUAUAUAUGCUCUAACAGUUUGUAAAGUCGAGUUUGAUCAAUAUAUGUGGCCUUUCUGCUGUGCCUUUGCUAGA